AUGGACAAGAUCUCGGAGUUUCUACAGGCCAUUCAUAUUGGUGCAGUCGUUGCAACUUUUCUUUUCAACAAUGGACGUAUUAUAAAAGCGGUGGACAUCUUUAACGAAUGUUUGGUGCUCCUUAACGGUAAAGCCCUAGAGACAAUCAAAGAACUUACCACACCACUUGUUAUCUAUGUAUACCAUAAACUUCUUAAUGGCUAUACUCUUAUGCACGAUCACACCCGUGCAAUAGAAUGUGGUAAAAAGCUUCACGUGACACUCCACAAUAGUGGUCAAAAAGAAGAAGAAGAAGGGAUAAUAUUACUAAAACUAGCUGGCAUCUACUAUCAAAGAAGCAAAUACGAGGAAGCAAGACAGUGUUGCGAAAAGGCACUCGGCAUCCUGAUUGAGACUGGAAACAAUCACGGAGUUGGAAUAUGUUACGGAAAUCUAGGAGCUGUGUUCCGAUCUGUCGGUCAAUAUACCAAGGCUGAAGAAUACCUUCAAAAAGCACUAGUGAUCAGCAAAGAAAUCGGUUACAAACAAGGAGAAGCAUCUGCUUACGGAAAUCUAGGAUUUGUGUUCCAAUCUGUUGGUCAAUAUACCAAGGCUGAAGAAUACCUUCAAAAAGCACUAGUGAUCCAGAAAGUAAUCGGUGACAAAAAAGGAGAAGCAUCCACUUAUGGAAAUCUAGGAGCUGUGUUCCAAUCUGUUGGUCAAUAUGCCAAGGCUGAAGAAUACCUUCAAAAAGCACUAGUGAUCAUGAAAGAAAUCAGUGACAAACAAGGAGAAGCAUCUGCUUACGAAAAUCUAGGAACUGUGUUUUUUUCUGUUGGUCAAUAUAUUAAGGCUGAAGAAUACCUUCAAAACGCACUAGAAAUCAGGAAAGAAAUCGUUGACAAAAAAGGAGAAGCAUCUUCUUACGGAAAUCUAGGAGCUGUGUUCCAAUCCGUUGGUCAAUAUACCAAGGCUGAAGAAUACUUUCAAAAAGCACUAGUGAUCAGGAAAAAAAUUGGUGACACACAGGGAGAAGCAUCAGAUUACGGAAAUCUAGGAAAGGUGUUUAAAUCUCUUGGUCAGUAUACCAAGGCUGAAGAAUGCCUUCAAAAAGCACUAAUGAUCAUGAAAGAAAUCGGCGACAAGGAAGGAGAAGCAACUGCUUACGGAAAUCUGGGAACUGUGUUCUUAUCUGUUGGUCAAUAUAAAAAGGCUGAAGAAUACCUUCAGAAAGCACUAGUGAUCAAGAAAGAAAUCGGUGACAUACACGGAGAAGCAUCUACUUACGGAAAUCUAGGAACUGUGUUUAAAUCUGUUGGUCAAUAUAACAAGGCUGAAGAAUACCAUCAAAAAGCACUAGUGAUCCAGAAAGUAAUCGGUGACAAAAAAGGAGAAGCAUCUACUUAUGGAAAUCUAGGAGUUGUGUUCCAAUCUGUUGGUCAAUAUACCAAGGCUGAAGAAUACACUCAGAAAUCACUAGUGAUCAGGAAAGAAAUCGGUGACAAACAAGGAGAAGCAACUACUUACGCAAAUUUAGGAACUGUGUUUCUUUCUGUUGGUCAAUAUGCCAAGGCUGAAGAAUACGUUCGAAAAGCACUAGUGAUCCAGAAAGUAAUCGGUGACAAAAAAGGAGAAGCAUCCACUUAUGGAAAUCUAGGAGUUGUGUUCCAAUCUGUUGGUCAAUAUAACAAGGCUGAAGAAUACCUUCAAAAAGCACUAGUGAUCAGGAUAGAAAUUGGUGACAAACAAGGAGAAGCAUAUGCUUACGGAAAUCUAGGAACUGUGUUUAAAUCUGUUGGUCAAUAUACCAAGGCUGAAGAAUACACUCAGAAAUCACUAGUGAUCAGGAAAGAAAUCGGUGACAAACAAGGAGAAGCAACUGCUUACGCAAAUUUAGGAACUGUGUUUCUUUCUGUUGGUCAAUAUGCCAAGGCUGAAGAAUACGUUCAAAAAGCACUGACGAUCUACGAGGAAAUCGGAGACAAACGUGGUGUUGGAGCUUCAUACUUAAAUCUGGGAAGACUUUGUCGAGAAUUUCAGCUUAAUGCGAAGAGUCAAGAAUAUGCUAAUAAAGCACUUGAGAUAAGCUAUGAAAUAGGGGACUUUGAAAUGCAGUUUAAGAGCCACCUUUCCAUUGCUGUGAACGCGUUAGUGGCAAGUGGAAGCAUAAAUGAAAUACAGCGAAAUCUGUACGAAAGCAUCCAGAAAUGCGAAGAAAUGCAUGAUUUUUUAAGAAUGAGAGAUCAAUUCAAAAUUUCUUUUUUUGAUGAGCAUGUGUCCCCUUACCUUCUUCUUUGUAGGUUGUUGAUUGAUACAGGUAAUUAUCAUGAAGCCCUUUACGUUGCCGAGCUUGGACGGUCCAGAGCACUGACAGACGUACUGUCGGAUAAGUACUCUGUGGAUAAAGGGGUAUCAGUCAACAGACAGUCAUGGAUUGGUAUUGAAAACAUCAUGAACAAAAAUACACUUAGUUCUUGUCUUUAUGUUUCCUGCUUCGGUCAUGAUAUGUUCUUUUGGAUCCUCAAGCCAAACAAAAUAAUAGAUUUUCGACAAAAGACACUCAAAGAAAAUGCAGAUAAAGUGUUUGGAAAUAAGACAUUUGGUGGCUCUUUUGAUUUACGUCAAGACCAAUGCGAAGAUCGAUCAUUGUUUUCAUGUGUAAGCUCCCCGCCAUCAUGCAAACCAUCUCAGAGUGACAGCUUCGAAUCUUUGCGUCUUAUAGAAGAAGAGGAAGACGACAAUCCCGACUCUAAACCUUUAACCCUUGCUGAUGGUUACAACGUGAUAGUCGCUCCUGUAGCUGACUUACUCCAAGAAUCAGAAAUCAUUAUUGUACCGGAUAGCUUGUUGUAUCCAUUUCCUUUUACUUCUUUAAUGGAUGAUAAUGGAAAGUAUUUAUCGGAUACUUUCAGGAUUCGUAUUGUCCCUUCCUUGACGACUCUUAAGUUGAUUCAGCUCAGUCCAGAAGACUAUCAUAGUGCAACCGGUGCACUGAUCGUAGGAGAGCCAGACGUUAGUGCUGUAUACUACCAAGGAAACCUUCUACAGUUAAACUCACUGCCUUGGGCGAGAAAAGAGGCAGAGAUGAUUGGGCGACUGCUCGGUGUUCAACCGUUGCUUGGAAGGAAUGCAAAUAAGCAGGCAGUCCUGGAAAGCAUGCAUUCAGUAAGUCUCAUUCACUUCGCUGCUCAUGGUUAUGCUGAACGUGGAGAAAUAGCUCUCUCCCCUGUAAGUUCCUGCGGAACUCCACACGAAGAGGACUACUUAUUGACGAUCGCUGACAUUUCACAAGUUCGACUAACAGCCAAGCUGGUUGUCCUUAGCUGCUGUCAUAGUGCACGUGGUCAGGUAAGGGCUGAGGGAAUUGUUGGAAUCGCACGAGCAUUUCUAGCAUCGGGUGCACGCGCCGUGUUGGCGGCACUGUGGGCUGUAGAGGACGAAGCUACUAUGUGGUUUAUGAAUCAUUUUUACGAGCACCUUGUUCGUGGUGAAAGCGCCAGUGAAUCUCUUCACCAGGCCAUGAAGUCGAUGAGAGAGAAUCGCUUUUCUGACGUCAAGGAGUGGGCACCUUUUAUGCUGAUUGGAGAUGAUGUAACAUUCAAAGGUUUGUAUUUGAUAUAAUUUUUAGGUUUUUUUUAGCUGUUUUUAGUCAAAAUAUGUGAAAUAAAUGUUCGUGACAACGCAUUAUUUUGAAAAAUACUACUAACUAAGGGGAGUUAUACUGAGUUUGUUAGUUUCUUUAUUUGUUUUGUUUUGUUUUGUUUUGUUUUUUUGUUUUUUUUUUCAACCCUGUUCAUGAAAGUGAGACAACUGGAGAGAAGGCCGAAUUUUAUUUUCCGAAUUUCAUGGAAUAUUUCGUAAAGUAUGCAUGCUCGGAUCUAAAAUAACUAACUAAAAUGAAAAUGUAGAAAACGAUAGUUGAGAUUCCAAAAAACAUACGAAAACAAUCUAAGUCAUAGAUAAGAGAAGUAAGUGGCUGUCAAAGAAACGUCUUCUUAAGGUUGUACCUGAUGAAAGAAGAAACGUCGACAAUUCCAAUACGACUUUACUGAACUUUUAGCAUAUAAGUGUAAAGGUUGCUAUUUGUUUGACCUUGAAAAAAAUCUGUGUUAGACAUAUUAUAGGUAAAACAUUUAGCGCAACGAGCAACAGAAGCAUGUUGAUUGAUAGCAAAAAUAAAUCGUGCAAAGAAUACAUACGAAGGGAACCGUGAUGAUUAGUUUUUCUAUUUGCAGGUGCAUUUGAUAAGAGCAGUUUGAAAGAUGGCGAAGGUGCCACGGAAACAAAGAACUUGUAA